AGCGCAUAUUUUGGAGUUUUUAAGUGCAUAUUUAAGAGCUAAAAAGUAACAUUUUUAGUGCUACAACUUCCGAGCCCUGUUUAUCACACAUGUAGGAAAUCCAUAAAAAACUUUAUUUAGAUAAUUAUUAUAAUAUAUAGAAGUGAAAUAAAAGAAAUGUUUCUUUUUUUGUUGGUUUUUAUAUUAUGAAAAUAUAUAAUUUAGUUUUAAACCCCUCCCGAAAAUUUGUUCCAACUGCGGCCUUGAAGGUAAUAUCAAAAUGUCAUGAAUAACACACAAAAAGUAUAUAAUAUUCAAUUAGGAUCAAGUCAAAAAGGUGACAUAAAUUGAAACACACAGCUUGAAAAUGUAAUGCUGCGGGUCGAUGAACGAUAAACGUACUAUCUGGCUAUAUAAUAAUAUAUAGGUAAAACAUCCUAUUCUUCUGCCGCACUCUGCACAUGUCACUGAACUACUAAUUCGUCAUUAUCAUUUGAGUUUCCUUCGUGGUGGACCCAAAUUAGUUCUAUCCAUGAUGUCGCAUAAAUUCUGGAUCAUCUCUGGCCGAGAUGCCAUACGACGAUUUAUAUUUUUCUGUGUCACGUGUAGCCGUCACAAGGCAGAUCACCCUCGACCGUUUAUGGCAGAUCUCCCAUCAAGCCGUGUUCAACCACAUCGACCUUUCUUACACAUGGGUAUGGACUAUGGAGGGCCUUUCGUCAUCAAGGAAUCUCGCCGUCGUAAUGCUCGCACUUCAAAGGUGUACCUUGCCCUGUUAAUCUGCAUGUCAGUAAAGGCGGUCCAUUUGGAAAUUGUUUCUGACUUGACAACAGACGCCUUUCUCGCUGCAUUAGAUCGUUUUGUGGCUCGUCGUGGAACUCCUGAACAUUUGUAUUCCGACUGUGGGACAAACUACGUCGGCGCUGCUCGGCAACUUAACUCUAUAUUUAAGGACACCACUGUACAAGAGCAAAUGAUUUCUCACCUUCCGUGCACUUGGCAUUUUAAUCCCCCAGCCGUGCCACACUUCGGUGGGUUGUGGGAAGCUGCAAUCAAGAGUUCAAAAUAUCACAUGAAGCAUAUCAUUGGUACUCAAAUUCUAACAUUUGAGGAAAUGCUAACAUUGGUCACCCGCAUCGAAAGAAUAUUAAAUUCACGUCCACUUACACCGGUCUCAUCAGAUCCAAAUGAUCUUGUUCCGUUAACGCCCGGCCAUUUCUUGAUCGGGCAACCAUUGCACGCUCUUCCAGAACUCAACGUUUCACAGGUUCCCCUCAACCGACUAAAUAGAUGGCAGUUGAUCCGUCAGUGUCACCAAUCCUUUUGGAAAAGGUGGGUGAAGGAAUAUCUGACCACCUUGCAAGGCCGCCAGAAGUGGUUCCAAAAAGGUCUGAAUUACUAACACUAGUUUUAAGUGCAUAGGAUUAUUUUUUACCGACCAUUCUAAUAAAUUGUAACUCAUACUAUCAUAUAUAUUCCUUUUCUAUUUUUUCUAUUACCUUUCCGCCUUACAGUCCACUACUAUCACACGACAACUACCAUACGCCAUUAUAGUUCGAGCGCGGGCAAUACCUGACGGUCACAUCGCCGUCGCCGUCGAGUUGCACGGCUGUUUUAAUCAGGUUAGGUUAACCUGACAAACAACAUAUAAUAUUAUAAGGUUUUAGAUUAAACCUUCAUGUCAACUAAACGAUUAAAUCAAGGAUUAUUAUAUGGAAUGCAUAUUUAACGAUAUAUUUAGUUAAAAUUAGAUAUUUAACCUAACCUAACCUAACCAAAUAAAAUUAGAAGUUUGAAAUUUU